AUGGCGGGGCUUGGCGUGAGUGGAAAGUGGGCAGCGCCGGGCUACCCGGGCUCUGACCUCCUGGGGCUCCGGGGCAGUAAGCUGAAAAAGCUGAGUGAAGAUAGUUUGACUAAACAGCCUGAAGAAGUUUUUGAUGUGUUAGAGAAGCUUGGAGAAGGGUCUUAUGGAAGUGUGUUUAAAGCAAUACAUAAGGAAUCUGGUCAAGUUGUGGCAAUUAAACAAGUGCCUGUUGAAUCAGAUCUUCAGGAAAUCAUCAAAGAAAUUUCCAUAAUGCAGCAAUGUGACAGCCCAUACGUUGUAAAAUACUAUGGCAGUUACUUUAAGAACACAGACCUCUGGAUUGUGAUGGAAUACUGUGGUGCUGGCUCUGUCUCAGACAUAAUUAGAUUACGAAACAAGACAUUAACAGAAGAUGAAAUUGCAACCAUUCUUAAAUCUACAUUGAAAGGACUAGAAUAUUUGCACUUUAUGAGGAAAAUACACAGAGAUAUAAAAGCUGGGAAUAUUCUCCUUAAUACAGAAGGACAUGCAAAAUUGGCAGAUUUUGGAGUGGCUGGUCAGUUAACAGAUACCAUGGCAAAACGCAAUACUGUGAUAGGAACUCCAUUUUGGAUGGCUCCUGAGGUAAUACAGGAAAUAGGUUAUAACUGUGUGGCAGAUAUCUGGUCUCUUGGCAUCACUUCUAUAGAAAUGGCCGAAGGAAAACCUCCUUAUGCGGAUAUACAUCCAAUGAGGGCUAUUUUUAUGAUUCCCACAAACCCACCACCAACAUUCAGGAAGCCAGAACUUUGGUCCGAUGAUUUCACCGAUUUUGUUAAAAAGUGCCUGGUGAAGAACCCUGAGCAGAGAGCUACUGCAACACAACUUUUACAGCAUCAUUUUAUCAAGAAUGCAAAACCUGUAUCAAUUCUAAGAGACCUGAUCUCAGAAGCCAUGGAAAUUAAAGCUAAAAGGCAUGAGGAACAGCAGCGAGAGCUACAAGAGGGGGAAGAGAAUUCGGAUGAAGACGAGCUGGAUUCUCACACCAUGGUGAAGACCAGUUCAGAAAGCGUGGGCACGAUGCGGGCCACAGGCACCAUGAGUGAAGGGGCCCAGACCAUGAUUGAGCAUAAUAGCACGAUGUUGGAAUCGGACUUGGGCACCAUGGUCAUAAACAAUGAGGAUGAGGAAGAAGAGGAUGGCACUAUGAAAAGAAAUGCAACUUCACCACAAGUACAAAGACCAUCUUUCAUGGACUACUUUGAUAAACAGGACUUCAAGAACAAGAGUCAUGAAAACUGUAAUCAAAACAUGCAUGAACCCUUCCCUAUGUCCAAAAAUGUUUUUCCUGAUAACUGGAAAGUUCCUCAAGAUGGAGACUAUGACUUUGUAAGUACAUUUUAA